CACUAUUAAUUAUUAAUCCUUAUUCAAACGUAUUUAACUUGUCACAGAUUCACAAAAUUCUCUGAAUUCGGAAGAAGGUCUAACCAACUGAACAAUCUGUAACACGCGGAAUUACGGAGUACUAAAAAAAAUGCCCAAAAACCAAAAACAACAUAGACCCAAAUAAUAACACACUAAUUGUCUAGGCCCAAAAUCCAGUUUCUCUCUUCCUUCUUCACACUCACUCACUUCUCUCCACUUCCAGAAAACUCAACCUGUAAAACUAAAACCCUUUCCCCAAUUUUCUCUCUUCCUUCUUCACACUCACUCACUUCUCUCCACUUCCAGAAAACUCAACCUGUAAAACUAAAACCCUUUCCCCAAUUUUCUCUCUCCUUUACCCUACCCUAAAACCCCUUUUUCUCAAAUCCCUCAAUUUUCCCGCGACAAUAAUACCCACCUCAAAAAACCCCCAAUUCAAUUGAUGAUGAAUUCCUCAACUUCAUCAUCAUCCAAGCAUGAACAACCGCCAUUUUUACCAAUUUCCCAAUUUCAGCAAGCUUUUACAACUUGUUCUUCUUUCCUCAACAAUUUCUCUUCUUCUUUUACUAAUCACCUCAAUACCCACCUCGCCAAUUUCGCUUCUACUUCUUCUUGUUCGUUCAAAUCCCCGGGUUUUGCUCGAAUUCAGCAACUAGAGGUAAACCCCAUUAAUGUUGAGCAGUUGCAGAAGCCGCGGCAGCAACAAUAUGGGAUGUCGAAUGAAGCGAUUGAGGAGAGAUUAGCUGGGAUUGCUGUUUAUGCUUUGAGUAAUUCGAAUGAAGAAUUUGUGUUGGUUUCUGGGAAGAAAUCGAAGAAUUCGCUUGCUUUGUUUUGUUUAAAGGAGGAAGAUGCUGAUACUCUUCUUGAUCAGAUGAGAUUGAUGGACCCCAACAUGCGUCGUGGGGCUAGUGUUGUUCCUGUUGCUUUGAAUAAGGUUUUCCAGCUUAAGGUGAAUGGAGUUGCUUUCAGAUUGAUUCCGGAGGCAUCAGAGGUUAAAAAUGCUUUGAAGGAAAGGCAAAAGGCUGGAAUUUCUGAAGAAGAAUUCUUAGGGGUUCCAGUUUUCCAGUCCCGGAGUUUAAUUUUAAGCAGCGACAAGAGGAAAUACCGUCCUGUUUUCUUCAGAAAGGAGGACUUGGAAAAUUCAUUACUGAAAGCUUCUACGCUGCAAGGAAGGCUGAAUCCUACUUAUAGACAAGGAGAUAUUGAAGUAGCUGUUCUUGAAGACAUAAUUAAGGGAAUGAAGGAUGAUUCUUCUCGGAAAUGGGAUGAUGUCAUUUUCAUCCCACCUGGAUUUGAUGUAUCAACUGAUCCUUCACAGGGCCGUGCAUCUUCAGCUAAGUAAGUGAUUUAACUGUGAUUAUCCCGGACUUAGCUUAGUAUAUUCUCUUUUGUCCUUGCGGUGGUGUUAACCAAUGCUCUAAAAACUGAUGCCUGGGUGUUUCAUGCUAUACUCAGUAAGCUUUGUAAUUGACUAGUGCCAAAACAUAGAUACUAUAACUGUAGUCACAUUUGUGGUUUAUUGACUCCUUCCCGAUUAACUGAUGUUGUUUACAAACCCCCCUCCCUCUAAAGGGACAAGUGGUGAUGAGAAGAAAUACAACUUUAUGAUUAACACCCUCUUGUCAAGUUACUAA